AUUCAGCAAAAUUUGAGAAAACGAUGAAAAUCAUUGCAGAAUAACCAUCUAGAUUUGUGUGUCUCUUUUAUGAAAAUGAUAUUCAGGACAUAUGAAGUUUUCCUUCAUGUCCUCCUCAUUUCCAUAUAUUUCUUAACAUUUAGAGUGCAUUCUUAUUCACUUGCUCUCGAAGGUUUCCACCAUCAACGUCAUGGAUCAAUUAAGCAUCAUCAAUUAUGGAAGAUGCGUCAACCAUUGUCUCAUGAGUUUCUUCUAGCUCACAAUAAUAUUCGAGCCAAGUACGGAUUGCCCCCUUUGAUAUGGGAUAGAAGACUCGCACGGUUUGCUCGUCGACAUGCUGCAAAGUUGAUUGCAGAUUGUUCAAUGGUGCAUUCGAUAGGACAAUACGGGGAAAACUUAUUUUGGGGUAAAUUAGAACACUGGACUCCAACUCGUAUUGUUGAAGAUUGGGCUAAGGAAUCAGAAUACUUUGAUCUCAAGGCAGGUAAAUGUCUAAAAGAUUGGACAGAAUGUGGGCAUUUUACUCAGAUUGUUUGGGCAGAUACUACUCGUGUAGGAUGUCAUCGUCUUAAAUGUAUUGGACUUGAUAAAGGGUAUAUUGGAAUAUGCAAUUAUGAUCCACCUGGAAAUGUAAUGCAACAAAGCCCCUUCGUUCGAAAUAUCAAUCCUCCACAACUAUAAACCCUCGUUCAUAAGCAUAUAUUAUACAUUUAUGUAUACAAUGUGGUUUUUAUGUAAUUUUAUUGAACUUAGUUUUAAAAUUUGCAUUUAUGUUUAGAGUUGACUUAAGUAUUAAAUAAAUGGAAUGCUAUAUGAGUAAUUACAAAGUACAACUGUCAUUUAUGAUCGACAAACUUCUUGUAAAUAAAGAGUUUGAGUAUUCAGAGUGAUUAAAAAAGAAUAUUUAUUAUACUACUA